AUGGGUAUUAAAGAUCUAAAGUUAAGACCAGGGAAUGACGUAAUCCAUAAAUUAACAAAAGAAAACACCUCAUCCCUGUAUGUAUCCAUCACUCUCCAGAAUGGUACAACGCUGUAUGAAAUGUACGACCGAUUCUCUGUCUCCGACGAAUCAGAACAAUAUCAACUCUUUCUUGCUGGACCUGUCAGUGGAACUUUUGGGGACAGAGACGGUAUGUUGGACACUGGUUCUUCUUACAGGGGUCUGUCUGGGAUGUAUUUCACCACCCCGGACAGAGAUAACGACAGAUUGACUGGAGAUGACUGUUGUGUCUAUUUAUAA